AUGUCUAGGAAGCUGACCCAUUUGUUUGCCACAAGAAAAUCAAAGACAAUAAUCGUAGCUUUACUUCUUGUUUACUCUUUGUUGUCGUUUCACCUGUCAAACAAAAGAUUGGUUUCUCAGUUUUAUCCUAGUAUAAAUGAUAAUAGAAAAACCCUUCUCCCCACGACUUCGCAUUCACAAGAUAUAGAUUUGCGGAAGCAAGUUGCAGUCAACAGAAAAAAGAAUCAAAUGCACAAUCUACGCGAUCAGUUAUCAUUUGCAUUCCCUUAUGAUCCUCAGUCUCCUAUUCCGAAGAGGGUAUGGCAGACCUGGAAAGUUAGCACUGAUAAUAAUGAUUUCCCCGCCACUUUCAGAACUUAUCAGAAAACAUGGUCAGGUUCAUCUUCACCGCACUACCAAUACUCUUUGGUUCCAGAUGAUUCCAUCAUUCCGCUUUUGGAGAAUCUUUAUUCUCCCGUUCCGUUAGUCGUUAAAGCGUUCAAAUUGAUGCCUAUAAAUAUCCUGAAGGCGGACUUCUUGAGAUAUCUAUUAUUAUUUGCAAGGGGUGGUGUUUAUUCAGAUAUUGAUACUGUUCUUCUAAAGCCGAUUGAUACAUGGCCUUCCCAGAAUGAUUCAUGGUUGAGCGACAUGAUAAAUACGAACAAACCUAUUCCUUAUAAGAAUUGGAAAGGCUCCCCACAUACAAGUGAUAAGAUAUCACAUCAACCAGGUCUGGUCAUUGGUAUUGAAGCUGACCCAGACAGAGAUGACUGGAAUGAUCAUUAUGCCCGUAGAAUCCAGUUUUGUCAAUGGACUAUACAAGCUAAACCAGGUCAUCCAAUUCUAAGAGAAUUGAUCUUGAAUAUUACUGCGACAACUUUAGCAAGUGUGCAACACCCAGGAGUUCCUAUCAACGAAAUGAUCGAUUUGAGAUAUGAAAAAGACUACAACGUAAACUACAGGCUCAAAAGACGUAAUGACGAGAAUUACAAGCAUACUGAGUUGAAAAACAGUGACAAUAUCGAAGGUUCAGAUAUAAUGGAUUGGACAGGGCCAGGCAUUUUCUCUGAUAUCAUUUUCGAGUAUAUGAACAAUGCGCUCCAACAUAACAAUGAUAUCCUGCUGGUCAACCCGAACCUAAAUAAAAACGACGAUGGUAGUGGUAGCACCACCCCGCCAGCAGCAGAGGCUGAUAGCGGUGCAAUGUCGAAAUCAACAAGAAAAUUUUAUAAAAAAAUAUCAGAAUCUCUGCAAGCGUCAAAUAUAAUGCCCUGGGAAUUCUUUGGCUUUUUGAAAGAACCCGUCAUUGUUGAUGAUGUAAUGGUUUUACCAAUAACAAGUUUCUCACCAGGUGUAGGACAUAUGGAAGCCCAAUCGAGUGAUGACAAAAUGGCUUUUGUAGAACACAAGUUCAAAGGGAGCUGGAAAGAUGAUGUUGAUAAAAAUGCUGGCCAUAAAUCUUGA